UUCUGAAGCAAACACACCAGUUUUACCAGUGCAGACCAACACUACAUUAUAUUGUCCUUUCUUUAAAGCACUUUCAUAUUUUGGUUUAACUGUUCCUUUAAUGUUACCCCUGUAGUGCAUCAGCUUGCUUAUUAUCCAAUGGGAGUACAGCCUAUCCAUCCAUCUGUGCAGUUAGAAGUCAUUGCUGCCUCAUACUGUCCCAAAGACAAACUGCCCAACCUCUGGCAAUGAAGGAGGUCUCUGUAUUUAUGGAAUUUUGUGGAAACCGACCUUUGUAUGAAAGUUUUUACUGGUCCCAGGAAGUAAAUGGAGUGAGUACAGCACAAGGAAAAUGGCCCUGGUUAGUCAGUAUCCAGCAAAAGGAAGGAGAUAGAUAUGAACACAUCUGUGCAGGGAUCAUCCUCAACACACAGUGGGUUGUGACUGCUGCCCACUGCUUCAACAAUCUGAAUGGUGAGAACACAGCGAGCACGUUGCGGCUAGUGUUUGGAAUACGGACCGUAACGGCAGACAUACCCCAGAAUUUGGUCCGUAAACUUCAGAAGAUCAUUCGGCACGAAGAAUAUAAUCCGCAGAAUGCGCACAAUGAUAUUGCCUUGAUACAAGUGGACAAACCUAUUGAAUUCAACAGCGAGUCUCAAGUCGCUUGUAUUCCCAUGCCGUCUGCUCAACUUCAGCACUUUACAGAGUGUUACAUUGCAGGAUGGGGUAGUCAUGAUGAAUCUGCGGAACCAGUGAGAAUCAUGCAGGAAGCAAAGGUUGAGCAAAUUGAUGCCAAAGUCUGCAAUGGCACCAAAUGGUAUAAAGGAAGAUUAGGAGAUUCUAACCUGUGUGCCAGCCAGAAGGCAGGGGCCACUUACAGCUGCCAGGGUGACAGUGCAGGACCCCUGAUGUGCAAAGGAAGCAAAGCCCAACACUUCUCUGUGGUUGGGAUAGCAAGUUGGGGAUCAGGCUGCGGUGGAACUUAUUCCCCUGGAGUUUACACCUCUGUGCAGAAAUUAUUACCAUGGAUAAUUGAUAAGGUCAUCAGUGAGGAAAGAAAAAGCAGUCCUAUAGUAAUGAAAUCCAAUAUGAAUGGAAUUGUUCCCUAUGAAGACCCUCAAGAUGAUGUAACAAAGGAAGCUGAGACAGUUCCAACCAUUCAAGGCUACAAACCUGUUAAGAAUCGUAGAAAACGCUUUGCCCUCCAGAAGCCUCAACAGAGUCCAUCAUUUCCCAUGGAGCGUGUAGAGCCUGACCUUAAAGUGGAAUCGUCCCACCAGGAAGUUCAGCCAAGUGAACACAAGAAUGGGCUAAAGCAAAUCAUUAGUGUGGCCCGACAGUUUAUGAAAUCGGUGGUUCGUUCCUUGAAAUACCUGAAUUCUAAAAUCUCAAAACGCAGAGAGUUACAAUGAAUUCAGCAUAAAGUCAAGCUAAAUCUUGCAAUUGGGGCAUCCAGUGGUGUAACUGUAAGGGGAGCAGACCCCGUCUCCUUCAAAGAGAUGGAGCCCUGUAAAUCCUGCUCUGACUUGAGCCCCCCAUUCCUAUAUGUUUCCCGCGAUUCCCCAUUUCCACCUCCCUGUGCAUUUACGUAUAUUGAUGUUGCACAGGGGGGAGAGGAACGUGGGGCCUGUGGGUAUAUUUAGCCCAUAGGUGUGGGUGGUGGGUGGGCCCGCGGGUGAUGGGGGAGUUACACCUCUGGGUGCACUGCUAACUUAAAGCAACAUAGCUUUAUACAGACUCAAGGAAAAUUAUGAUGGUUGAUACUGAGAAUCCCUAUAUGUCCCCCCCAUAUAACUUCUCAACUGUCCCCCCCCCCAAAAAAUCUUGUUUUAUAUUAAAAAAAUCAAUAAAUGGUUUGAUUCUGAAUAGAACAUUCAAGUGAUUGGUUGUUAUUGUAUGGCAGUUACCAUUGCUACACUUUUCCCCAAAAACUUUGAUAUGUAGUUUAUCAGUGUAGCGCUAUAGUAAAUUGUGUGUUAUUUACACCACUAUUGAGCUCCACUCCCACUAAAUGUGCACCG